AUGCUCAAGGCGGUGAUUACUUCACCGCCCAGACCCAAGCUCUGGAUCCGCAAGUUUUCCCCUUCCGAGCGACUCUUUGCAGUCCCCAUCUCUCUCUGCCGUGACACAGUACUCGACCAUUCGGAUCUCUGGGUGAGGUUUCUGCCUUUUAAACCGCCAUUUUCAGAGAACAGCACUGGAAUUUUCAAGGCUGCCAUCAUGAACGGUGACACCUAUUCUUCCAGAGGUACGGACCCCAUGCGUGUGGAUGCGACUGGAGCUUCUACUAACUCGAGAUUAGAUACUGGGCGCUCGCGCGAUCACUUUGUGAGUUUGGAACUUGUGGCGACUUGUUAUUUGUUGCAUUCAACUAACCUAACCCCCAGCGCGACGAGCGACGGGAGCGCGACAGAGGCGAAAGAAGACGGUCACGAUCCCCUCACCACGGACGGGGGCCGCGUCGGGAGCAGGAACAGAAUUCAUACUCGUCCAGCCGUGACUACCGUGCCAGAGAACGCGAAGACCGCUACUCCAGUCGCAGGGAUGACCGGGAAUGGGAUCGAGGAGAUCGAGGUGAUCGUGGUGACCGUGGUGAUCGUGGCGGUGGUGAUCGUGGAGACCGUCGCCGCCGGGAUUUCGAUGACAGACCUCCUCGACGGGAUUUGUUCGAGGACCGCCCUCGGCGCGGUGACCGCGGCGGCGACCGGUUUGACCGUGGCGACCGGGGCGAUCGCGAUCGAGGAGGGGACAGACGCGAGCGCAGGAGAAGCGCCACACCCCCACGGAAAAAGGAACCUACCCCCGAUCUGA